AGAGUCCAGACACUUUAGGCUUUAGUUGCUUAGUUGCCAUUUGAUCAUCAUCGACGAAGGUUCGUGGUUUCUCGUGGUUCCUUGGUGUCUUUUAUUGUCUUAUAGUCAAUAGUUAAUAAUUUUUCACAAGGGUAACAUCUCUUCUCACUUUUGUAUUUUCGAAAGGGAAAAAUUCAACUUAGCCAUGGUUAAUGCGUAUGGAGGGGUGAUCAUCGUCGCCGAUGUAUUAUUAUUAUUUCUAAAGAUAAUUUUUUACCUCUUCGAGAGCAUAUACCGAUUUUUCGUUCCAGCCGAGGAAAAAAGCGUCGCUGGAGAGAUUGUACUGGUAACAGGAGCUGGCCAUGGAAUUGGAAGGGAAUUAGCCGUGCGAUACGCAUCCUUGGGAGCUACUGUAGUUUGCUGGGAUAUUAAUCAGGAAGGAAACGAGGAGACUGCAAAUGAAAUUAAGAAGCAAGGAGCAGCCAGAUCUUUCGCAUACAAAUGCGACGUAUCUAGCAGAGAUGAAGUUUUGGAAACUGCCGAAAAAGUCAGAGAAGAAGUUGGAAAUGUUACUAUUCUCGUAAAUAAUGCUGGUAUCAUGCCCUGCCACUCUUUCCUCACCCACACACCGGAAGAGAUUAGAAAGCUAGUCGACGUCAAUCUCAUGUCGCACUUCUGGAUGCUGCAAGCAUUUUUGCCUAGUAUGAUUGAAAAAAAUCACGGACAUGUGGUGGCUUUAUCGUCAAUGGCUGGUAUCGUAGGACUUCCGAAUUUGGUGCCGUAUUGUGCAACAAAAUACGCAGUUAGAGGAAUUAUGGAUUCAAUAUGUGAGGAAAUUCGUCAAAUAAGUCCCAACAAAAUAAACAAUAUCAAAUUCACCACCAUUUAUCCUUAUAUGGUCGAUACCGGACUUUGCAAAAAACCAAAAUCGAGAUUCCCGAAUCUUUUGGCGCUGGUUAAGCCGCACGAAGCUGCUGAUCAAAUAAUAAGCGCACAGAGAAGGAAUCAAAUGGAAAUUACUAUUCCUAGUUAUUGGUUAACAGUCAGCACGUUUGUUAGGACUUUACCCUACAAAGCGAUACUUCAAGUAAUCGAUUUUGUGGACAGUGGAGUCGAAGCCGAAAGUUAAUGCAAAAUUAUAAAUCAUUUCUACUGAACGAAACUGAUUUAGAACAAUAAUCAUAAAUUACCGACAUUUGAAUGUUGACCAUCUGUGUCUGAUGUCAAGAAACUAUUAAUUUCUGUAAAAAUGACUGUAAAAAUUACGUGAAGUGUGAGUGUGUACGAAAUUUUAUUAUUUGGUUAAUAUCUAUGUUUUUAAUAAUAUUAAUAAUUGUUCCGUUCCAAGAUUGUUUUAGAAGUGUGAGUUUUUAUCGACUGAUGAAAAUGUUUGAAAUUCAAGAGUGAUUUUUAAUCUUAUCGUCGAAUCUUCUGAAUGAAAAUAAGCUUAUAAGAUGACAAUUUAACAGGGAAUCUUAUCUUACUGUUGAAAGUGCACUUUUAUUUGUAUAAGAUAAUCUUUUGGUAAAUACGAUCACUCAAAGUUACGCAUUUACCAUAUAAAUGUGAAAAAACUUGCCCAUUGAUUCUAGAGUUAAGUUAUUGUAGUUAGAGCGGAUCUUCAGUCAUAUAACUUUAAAAUUCAGAGAGUAUAUUCGCACCGUUUUUACAAUUUAAUUGAAUUGAAUUUUAGUUUUUAAGAAGAGUUUCUAGGUAGAAAAUAAGUUGAAGACGGCAAAACGUAUGUGAUGCGAAAAAUAAAUCAAAGAAGUUUUUUAAUCACUGAA